CUCAACCCUUGAGUUGGAAAUGACUUCUAAAUAACGCAAGGCUACGGCGGGAGAGAGGGUUUCGACUGAUAUUGUGACACAAAGUUAGGAAAGUUGAGUCUCAUCACUCAGUUGAUACAAAAACCAAUGGAGGAACAUUGGACACCUCAAUGAAGGAUAUAUUUUUGAAAGCGUUGCGGGUUAAAAGAGGGGGAUAGCCACUGAUCCACAGCCUGGGAGAAGACCCACUACCUGGAGGUUAAAUACAGAGAGGAGAGCCCUCAGCUGAUCUACUACUAUAGAGCACCAACUAAUCAACCAACAUUUGGGCCACUCCCGACCAGUCAUGUUGUACAGUGCCAGAGUGGCGCAACGGUCCAAGACCGUUGCAAGCUGUGUUGCUACAGAUGCUGGUUCAAUACCCGUGCCAGCCUCGACUGAGAGACCCCUGAGAUGACUGUGUCCCCCUCUCCUGGAAUCCCAACAUCUGCUGAGUCAUCAGUAGUGAGUCAGGGUGUCAUGGCCACCGGGCCCAGGACACGCAGAGAUCACCCCUCAUAGUGCUUCCCCCAGCCAGCCACCUGCAGACACACACACACACAGGAGGAGGCACAGGGGUGGCAAUGAUGACCACAUCACAUAUGAACGGUCAUGUGACUGAGUCAGACGGCGGAGGAAGUGGAGGAGGCGAGUCGAACCAGGAGGAGCCCCAGCAGUGGCACAGGGAGAUGGCAGUGGACUGCCCAGGGGACCUGGGUGCUCGUACCCUGCCUGUGCGGCGCUCUGCCCAGCUGGAGAGGAUCCGUCAGCACCAGGAGGACCUGAGGAGGAGGAGGGAGGAGGAUGGCAGGAACAGACAGGAGCUAGAUCUUAAUGCUUCCAUACGGCUCAAGAAGCUAUCUCAGAACCCCAAGGUGGGCAUCGAUAACCCCACCUUCGACCCCAUUGAAGGCCCCGUAGGGCCCAUGGGACUUCCACCCAACCUGGGGGGCCCUACUCUACUGGAGUUGGAGGAGCUGCUGAUGUCCCUAAAGCAGGUGCAGCACUGCCUGUCUGACGCCCAGAGCCAGGAGGACGUGGAGCUGGUGCUGCAGCUGGUCCAGAAGACUGACUUCCAGAAGGCCUUCAACAUCCACAACGCUGUGGCCCAGCACAUGAACAGGCCCAGCCCGCCCUUCCCACACACAGACUGCGCUCAGGGCCUGGCACAAGAGGUACAGUCUAUGGUUUAUAACAGCCAACACAAGGAGGGCUUGGAGCUCAACACCCUGCUCUCUUCCCCACAUGUCCAGGCAGUGCUUCUGGCCCAUGACUGUGUUGCAGAGCAGGAGAUGCAGCUGGAGCCCCUGACCCCAGAUGACCACUGUGAAACUCUCACCCAGUGGGGAGGAGAGACCGUCAAGAUAGUCUGCAUCGAGAAGGCUAGAGACAUCCCACUGGGAGCGACGGUGCGUAACGACAUGGACAGCGUGAUAAUAAGCCGCAUAGUGAAGGGUGGGGCGGCGGAGCGCAGCGGGCUGCUCCAUGAAGGAGACGAGGUUCUGGAGAUCAACGGAGUGGAGAUCCGAGGAAAGGACGUCAACGAGGUCUUCGACAUCCUGGCCGACAUGCAUGGCAACCUGACCUUCAUCCUCAUCCCUAGCCCACAGACCAAACCCCCGCCCAUCAAGGAGACUGUGGUCCAUGUGAAAGCUCACUUUGACUACGACCCGUCUGAUGACCCGUACGUGCCGUGCAGAGAGCUGGGCCUGUGCUUCCAGAAAGGAGACAUCCUCCACAUCAUCAGCCAGGACGACCCCAACUGGUGGCAGGCCUACAGGGACGGAGACGAGGACAACCAGCCCCUGGCCGGGCUAGUACCAGGCAAGAGCUUCCAGCAGCAGAGGGAGGCCAUGAAGCAGACCAUAGAAGAGGAUAAAGAGCCUGAGAAGUCGGGAAAGUUGUGGUGUGCUAAGAAGAACAAGAAGAAGAGGAAGAAGCUCCUUUACAACUCCAAGCAGAACGACGACUAUGACAACGAGGAGAUCCUGACCUAUGAGGAGAUGGCUCUCUACCACCAGCCAGCCAAUCGCAAGCGGCCCAUUGCUCUGAUUGGUCCUCCCAACUGUGGGCAGAACGAGCUAAGACAGAGACUGCUGUCCAGCGAGCCAGACAGAUUUGGAGGAGCUGUCCCACACACGACACGCAACAGGCGUGAUAUGGAGGUGAGUGGGAGGGACUACCACUUCGUCUCUCGUCAGGCCUUUGACAUGGACGCCACCGCGGGGAAGUUCAUCGAGUCGGGAGACUUUGAGAAGAACCUGUACGGAACCAGUACCGACUCUGUCCGUCAACUCAUUAACACGGGCAAGAUCUGUCUGCUCUGUUUGCACACACAGUCGCUGAAGAUUCUGCGUAACUCUGAUCUGAAGCCUUACAUAAUCUUCAUCGCUCCUCCCUCCCAAGAACGGUUGCGAGCCCUUCUGGCCAAGGAGAGCAAGAACCCAAAGCCGGAGGAGCUGCGAGACAUCAUCGAGAAGGCCCGUGAGAUGGAGCAGAACUUUGGCCACCUGUUUGACGCAGCCAUCGUGAACACAGACCAGGACAAGGCAUAUCAGGAGCUGCUGAGGCUCAUCAACAAACUGGACACUGAGCCACAGUGGGUCCCCUCCUCCUGGCUACGUUGAAGCAGCAAUAUAAUACAGACACAACACUAACCUGACACAGCACUCACUGGUUCAAUGAAGAGCUAGAGCUACCCUGGAUCAAGGACAUUAGUUGCCCAGGGGGAAGACAAUUAUUAGCUGAAAAUUUGCCUUGACUCCAUUCUCCAACCAGAAUCACAGUAUGAGACUAGUGGAAGAUCCUCAAUCAACACUCAAUCUGAAGAUGAAUAAAACACUUAAAAUGCUUAUCACUACAUGUGACGUUGAACUGAACUGAACUGAGCCGAGCUCUUCUCUUCCCUUCUGAGACUGCCUGGGGAAAUUAAUUAUUGUCUUAUUAUUGCUCUGAUUAUUUGUCCUUUUUUCGUUGCUGGAUUUCUCUUCACUAAAUUAACUUUUCACAUUCCAGAGAAGUAUGUAAAGACUUGGCACUUGGUGGCAGAAAUCGAAUUAGUGCUUCUAUUCUGCUUUUGAUAACUAUUUAUAAUUGUAAAUAUAUUCUAUUUUUAAGAUGCUUUCGAUAAUAAGAAGAACCCAUAGCUUCUAUCUAUGGCAGGGAUGGGCAACUUUGAUAGGGGUUGGGGCCACAAAAAAAUCUCAACUCAUCGUGAGGGGCUGCAGUGGCUUGCAGGUCUGCGUACCCACAUCCAUACCCAGACAUGGUCAGAGCUUGCCUUAGCCUUUUGGGGGCUCUAAGUGAAAUGUUGUUGGGCCCCCCACCCCACUUUGCGAGCAUAAAAUGUCUUUGGGGGAAGGGGGCAGUGAAAAACUUGUACACAAAACUAUAGACACACACACUGGUUGUACCCUUGCUGUUUCCUUGACCCCGUGUGUGAGGUCAGGUGUGUGUGUUUGUUCAGUAAUGUAUCAUCACGGAUGUGAUUUGCUCACCUAAUGAAACCAUUUGUGAGGUGAUAACAUCCCGGUGUAGGACUAUGGGUCCUGAUCAGUUAUUUACUAUAUUGGGAAUAGGGUGCCAUUUGGGACGCAAUCAUGAUCUCUGCAUCUGGCCUCUAUCCUCUAAACUAGAGCAGCCCUGCUUUCAAAUACUAUUUGGAUAAUUGAAAAUAGAAUUGUUUGAGAACGGUAAUCCCUACCCAAACUGUCUCUCCAGGUCGGCAAAAAGCAAAACCUUAAAAGUAUUUGAAAGAUUUAAAAUGCUAUUUGAACCCUGGUCUGCACUAGAGCACUGUAUAAUGCUGGAGGUUCAUCUGAAUGGUGUUUUGACACCACAUUAAUUAGACAAUCUGAUUUGAGAGAUGGUGAAGAGCCACUUUCUCCUACUUACCUUAUACACUUUUCACACUAUCAUGCCAACCAAAACUGGAGUGUGCUGGCUCAGAUAUUUUCACAUUUUCCUUUCCAGGAACUAUGGUGGAUCGUAACCAGGUCAGUGCAGUAAAGCUUGGCUCAGUAGUGUGAAAAGGGUACUGGAGGAUAAACCAGUCCUAACACACUACACCCCUUACCUCUACCCAAGCACUACGAGUCAUCGCUAAAUAGAAAACUGUCCUGUCCCGAAUCACAGGAUUUAAACCAACAGUGAUGAUAUUGAAGAAAGAUUAUUAGAGGUGUUUAAAAGUUAUGACACUAAAAUCUUGAGGGGUAACUUUAUCUAUGUCUUCAUUUUCUUGAUCUCAGUAUUCGUCAUGCACACUUCCUGUGCUAAUCUGUAGGAUUGUGACCAUAGAAAUUGAAUUAUAUUUCUACAUGUGUAACCAGCAGUAUUCUAUUCAUGGAAAACACUAAGGAACAUCUGAGCACCGCUGUCUGUGGGAUUCUCUUAAUAAUCAAUACUUCAUAAAUGCUUUGUUUGAAAUCGAUGCAUUUUAUAAUUCACUUAAAUGCAUUAUAACCUAUCCAACUAUGCUGUAUUUUAAUCCAGUAGUAUUCACCUCAUGCGACAUCUUAAAUGUGUGAUUUUAUUAUUUGUCAGUGAUUUUUCAAAGCUGUUAUUGAAAUUUUGUUCUACUUUUUGAUAUGGGUCUGAAAUUAACUCGACCGAACUGAAAAAUAGUUUGUUUUUGCAUCUGGUGUUUAUGAUCAUAGGUUUCAGCUCACCCUUGAUUAUAAUAUGCUGACUUUGUGUGAUUGUCUUCGUGUGUGUGUGUGCAUUCACAGAGACAGGACUGUCACUGUAAUGCAGGCAAGUAUUAUCUCUAGUAGACAACGGGAAAUAGUUUUGCAAAGACCAUUUCACAUUUAUUUUUGGUUAUUGAUGAUAAUCAUGGUGUAUCUAGAUACUUAACAUUUGAUAUAUUUAUAAUGUUAAAGAUAGAUUUAAGUACAGAGUAAUGCACCUGUAGAAUGAUGACUCGAACGCCUAUCCAUCCCUCCGUUGUGGAUCAAACUCCAGGAACCACUCAGUGCUAGCCUGAUCCCGGAUCUGUGUUUUUUACGCAGCUCCUCUGGCGUUUUGUCAUGUUUCCCAUAGAAGUUGGCUACAUAGGGCCGUAUUUAGUUUCUCAGAGUAGAAGUGCUGAUUUAGGAUCAGGUCAUCCCUAUUCAUUGUUAUUAUUAUCAAAAAGGGGGAAAUUAUCUUAGAUCAGCACUCCUAUUCUGAGAAUGGUGGCCAUUCAGAUCUGGGACCAGUCUAGUUCAGAAUGUCUAUCCCUUUUUAGUAUACACAGUACACACCUUGUGUAGAUUUGCGCCGUUAACUGGGAAGUAGAACUAAUGAAUGUAAAGUUGCUGUAUUAUUAAAAAUCACUUUCUUUA